GGCCGCGGGGGAAGGCGGGUGGUGGAGAUCGUGUCGCGGUGUGGCGUGGCGUGCAAGGAUUGCAUUGGUGAAUGGUGUGAUUUUCAAUCAGCUCUCCCCAAGAGCUGUUCGUGAAUUAGCGGAGGAUCGUUGCUUUGGGUAUUUUCCUCUCGUCUUCAGCAACAGCCAAGAUGAGCAACCAGUGAAAUAUCUCAUUCUUGGGGCAACUUGGACUGGAUGAGCUGGCAACAUCAAUGACCGCUGAUGUGCAACUGAACUUGUAGCUAGAAGAACUUCAAUCACAUCUGAGGCGUUCUGUCCGUGAAACAGGCUAGCCUGUUGGACUUGCCAUCUCAUUUGUCACUUUUCCAAUUGGUGUAAAAUUGUAUUGAUGGAUUGGUGGUGUGUGUGACUGAGGGAAAUUAUUAUUUAGCUUUCUCAGUCAAGAAAAUUUAAGUUUUCAAGUGCAAUAUUCUCUUAUUGAAGAUACUUUGGUGGUAUUAAGAUCUUAGUGCUUGUAAUAAUACCAAAAUGUAUAGCUUUUUUACUUCAAGAAGAAAGCGCACUAUGUUCUAUAAAGCAUUCGGUGUUGUAAUAGUGGUGUCAUGCAUUGUACUGUGGAAACGGAAAGGCUUUCUAAGAAGCAGUGGUGAUAAAAGCAUGGCAUUGGAAGGUGGCAUCUCAGUGGAAGAGUGGGAUGGAAAAGCAGAUGCUAGACAAAGUCAAAACAACAGAAUGGAGAGGUCAGGAGACUCCCAGCAACAACUAAAUGAGCUAGGUGGUCAAAAUGAAGCUCUCCCUAUCAAAAGUGUUUCAGACUUUGAUGUUUUGGGUGGAGUGAAGCUGGAUGAUCUUGAUGACAAGAGGAAUGCAUUUGGAAUGUCCCAUCAAAAAGGACUUGAGCAGUAUGACAGUGACAUUGAAAUGGAUCUCAAGAAGAUAGUGCCAGGUCUUGGUGCGGAUGGUGAACCAGCCCACUUGUCUGGAGCAGAGGAGGCUCACGCCGAGGAACUGAUGAAAAAAGAGGCCUUCAACAUCGUUCUUAGUGACAAGAUUUCGCCCAACCGCUCCGUGCCAGAUGCCAGAAGCAAACUGUGUCUAGGCCGACAGCACGACCACGACCUGCCCACAGCGAGCGUCAUCAUCAUCUUCACCAACGAGGCGUUCUCUUCACUGGUGCGGACCAUCCACAGCGUCAUCAACCGCACUCCGGCGCGCCUGCUGAAGCAGAUCAUCCUGGUGGACGACUUCAGUGACAGAGUGGAGCUAGGCGGCAAGCUGGAGCGCUACAUCGAGCGGUUCUUCAACGCGGGCCGCCAGCUGGUGCAGCUGAUCCGGCUGAGCGCGCGAUCCGGUCUGAUCCGGGCCCGGCUGGCCGGCGCACGCGCCGCUACCGGCGACGUGCUCGUCUUCCUCGACUCCCACUGCGAGUGCGGCAUCCAGUGGAUGGAGCCGCUGCUGCAGCGCAUCAAGGAGGACCACACCGCCGUCCUCACGCCCAUCAUCGACGUCAUCGACGACAAGACGCUGCAGUACUACAACUCGAACGGCGAGUUCUUCCAGGUGGGCGGCUUCACGUGGAGCGGCCACUUCACAUGGAUCGACGUGCCCGAAUGGGAGCAGCAGCGGCGCGGCACCGCCGCCGACCCCACCAGGUCACCAACAAUGGCCGGCGGUCUGUUCGCUAUCGACCGCCAGUACUUCUGGGAGUCGGGCAGCUACGACGAAGGCAUGGACGUCUGGGGAGGCGAGAACCUCGAGAUGUCCUUCCGGAUCUGGAUGUGCGGCGGGAAGAUCGAGACGAUCCCAUGCUCGCGGGUCGGCCACAUCUUCCGCGACUUCCACCCGUACAGCUUCCCGGGCAACAAGGACACGCACGGCAUCAACACGGCCCGGCUGGCCGAGGUCUGGAUGGACGACUACAAGCGACUGUUCUACCUGAACCGGCCCGACCUCCAGGAGACAGAGAUCGGCUCCGUGUCCGAGCGGCGCCAGUUUCGGCAGCGCAUGCAGUGCCACACGUUCAAGUGGUACCUGGAGAACGUGCUACCGCAGAAGUUCAUCCCUGACGAGAACGUGCAGGCUUACGGUCGCGUGCGGAGUAACAGGACGUCCCCUCACCUCUGCCUGGACAUGCUGCAGCGGAAUGAGGACUCGGCCUACAACCUGGGCGUCUACGUCUGCCACAACUAUGUGGCCGCGUCACAGAUGUUCUCUCUGAGCGCGCUGGGCCAGCUGCGCCGGGAGGAGGUGUGCGCCAGCGUACAGCGGCGCACGCAGCGCGUCGUCAUGUCGCGCUGCAGCCAGCGCGGCCGCGACCAGAUCUGGACCCUGGACUCGCGGGCUACCUGGUGCACCAGAGGACCGGGCUGUGCCUGGACCGGACUGGGCUGGCCUCGGGCGACGACGUGUUGGCGACGCCCUGCUCCGGCGAGGUGGGGCAGCUCUGGUACUUCGACACCCGAGGCACGGCGCCUUCCUCGUGAUCCCAGCCGGCCGCGCCCCGCGCCCACCGCGGCCUCCGGUGGUCUCUGCCGGGCGCUGCUGGCUGCCGCUGCCGCUGGUGGUUCCCGGCGGCCGCUGCUGGUUCCUGCCGGCUGAUGGUUCCCGCCGGCCGCUGUUGGUUACCUGCCGGCCGCUGCUGGUUUCUGCCGGCCUCUGGUGGUUCCUGCCGGCCGCUGCUGGUUCCCGCCGGCCGCUGGUGGUCUUUGCCGACCGCUGGUGGUUCCCGCCGGCCGCUGGUGGUUCCCGCCGGCCGCUGGUGAUCCCUGACGGCCCCCGCACCGCUACGGUGCGGCCAGCAGUCAACAGAGACACGCUGGUGGUUACCUGCCGGCCGCUGGUGCUUCCUGCCGGCCUCGCACCGCUACGGUGCGGCCAGCAGUCAACAGAGACACACUGGCGGUGUACGCGCCUAAGCUGUGCGCGGCGCGGCGUUCGGCGGCGGAGCAGCUGUGACGUGACCGCAGCGGAUGGCCCGCUGAUUGGUGGCGUGCCUCCGAGACGCCACGGUGAUUGGUGGGUGGGUGGGGUGGGACCGGUGCGCUCCAUGAGCGAGAAUGCCGACGCCGGGUUUUCUGCAGCACGCAACGGGUGGCCGACCGACGAGACCGUGCGGGGGCCUGGAGACGUGUAACGCUGACCCCGGGAAGAGGUGCUCUGUCGCCGCGUCGCGGGGUUGGUGGUCCAGCGAGCGGCCUGUCAGGUAGACGUGGUGGUGCGGGCGCGCGCAGUUUCGGUGGCAGCUGGAGCUGGUUUUCGCGCAUCCGCUGUCGUGAUCCGCCCGGCAACUGUGUGAGUUAGGUCUGCUCUCGUGCUGUAAUGGCGCGUUUGGUUCACUUGACGGCGCGCAGUCAGCUUGGCCACCUUUAAUACUGACGCGGGACUUGCCACGCCAAGUGCCGGUGAGAUUUCAACUUUCGAAGGAUCGCCAACCUAAUUUGGGUGCCUGAUGUUUGUUAACGCAAGCGGCGGCCCCAGCAGAAUGCCUGCUUGUGAUCGGUCGCGUGCGGUGCCCGCCAGCGGGCUGCUCUUGACCGCCAUGGGUCUGGCGACGGGUAGACAGCAAGUCGGUGGUUACGGUCGCAGCGAUCGCAGCCGGGCUGUGCCGACCUGAGGCGGCGCUGCUGCAGCUGAGCGUGGGCUCUGCCGACCUUAGGCGGCGUCGCUGUAGCUGAGGGUGGGCUCUGCCGACCUUAGGCGGCGCUGCUGCAGCUGAGGGUGGGCUCUGCCGACCUUAGGCGGCGUUGCUGCAGCUGAGGGUGGGCUCUGCCGACCUUAGGCGGCGUCGCUGCAGCUGAGGGUGGGCUCUGCCGACCUUAGGCGGCGUUGCUGCAGCUGAGGGUGGGCUCUGCCGACCUUAGGCGGCGUCGCUGCAGCUGAGGGUGGGCUCUGCCGACCUUAGGCGGCGCUGCUGCAGCUGAGGGUGGGCUCUGCCGACCUUAGGCGGCGUUGCUGCAGCUGAGGGUGGGCUCUGCCGACCUUAGGCGGCGUCGCUGCAGCUGAGGGUGGGCUCUGCCGACCUUAGGCGGCGUUGCUGCAGCUGAGGGCGGGCUCUGCCGACCUGAGGCGGCGCUGCUGCAGCUGAGGGCGGGCUCUGCCGACUUUAGGCGCCGCUGCUGCAGCCUGUCGUCAGUGCCGAGCCUGUCAUGAGAGCGUGCGUCAUGCGUGCGACCCAGGUUUGAUGUCGAGCAGAUCAGUAGACCAAAUUGUGUAUGCUGUGGGGGGUAGAGAAAUGGACUGGCUCACGCCUACUGACUGUCGACAUUGUAGCCCACUGGAUUACAGACCAGUCACACAAACUAUGCUAACUUAUGGCUUUCGCGGUCGUGCUUAUUUGUUAUGCAUGCUUAUUACAGGAGUCACGUGGAUACCAACUCAACGUGUGGUGUUAUUUAUUUUUCUAGCGCAAAGCUCGUCACAGCUGUGGUUGGCCUCGGGGUCAGAUUCGUUGUUGAGGGCGUGGGUGGCACCGUGGUGGCGCGCGCGGCGGCUCGGGCGGGGCUUGUGUCGCAUGACCGCCCGGGUGGCCGCGGGGCUCAAACAUGCAGUGAUAUUGUCGGCGAGCCGGCGCCGGGCCAACCCGCUCCCAGCGCCCGCACUGACGGGGGAAACGCAUAUCAUGUGAACCGUCCACGGGCGCGUGCCGCCGCACCGCUGGGACCGACGGAGCGGGCUGGUGACCCGGCCGCGGCCGACGGCCGGCACGUGCUGUCGGCGCAUGCUGUCUUCGCGACGCGGCGCCGGCACCGCCUGCCGGCCGGCUACCGUAUUUUUAUAUGAAGAAUACAAGUUUAUAGGAGAAUA